CCUACUCCUCCCCCACACGUGUAUGCAUUGUGCAGACUGCAGAAUGCGCGAAGUCGCUCGUGCGCAAGAGUUAUAUUGCUUUUUUUAUCGUCCGUGAAAAGAAAAAUAUAUAGUGUGUACAGCGCAUCUCAUCACACGCACGCGUUCCUCGAUUAUAUGCCGCAUGUGUAUCGCAUGCAGAAAGAGAGAGAGAGAGAGAGGAGAAAGAGAGACACUGUCAGUGUAGUUGUGCGAGAGAAAAGAUUAGUAAUAAAAUUAGUUUUCUUACUGCAUUGAAUUGUCUUAUAACAAAGUCGACAGAUGGGCUGAGAGAAAGGUGAACCGUCUCUUUUCGCCUCUCUCGCACGCCUUUAUGUUGUAUGCGAAAGAGAAAGGUGUAUAAGUGUUCCCGUCUGUGUAUACGCUUUAAAAGACUUCAGGUUCAGACCCACCCCGCGCGCGCCGUACCCGCCUGGUAUUAUUAUUUUUUUUUAGUAUUUUACUUUCCAUUGAUGCACAAGAUGAUGAUGAUGGAACCGGAGGAACCUCUACUACAGGGACUUUUGUUAUUACCACCUCAGGGUAUGCUGGGACAACUUAAGAAAACAUGGCACAAAAAAUUCUGCCAAAUUUUCAGAGCCAGUAAUUAUGGUAUUCAGCGAUUAGAAAUUUAUGACAAUCAAGAUGAAGCAGCAAGUCAACAACACACUCAACGUAUCAUUACUUUGGAAGCAUGUGUCAAGAUAGCACCAAGUGCUCAGACCAAUGUUUUUACUCUGGUAACAAAAACUGGAGUUUACCACUUUGGCUGUUUAUCCGAAAGUGACAUGGCCAAUUGGAUAGGUGCCUUUCAAUUAGUUGCAUUUAAAGAUGAUACAUCAUGCAUGACAGUAGAAGAAGACAAUGAUCUGUACUGCACAAGUGGAGAGGGCAUUUUUACUGUUCGAAUAGCAGAGACUGAAGCAUCAAAGAAAUGUGGUUUAGAGUUAUGGAAAAACUACACUUUGAUAGUUGGUGCAACAGAAAUGAAACUGAUGGACAAUCAUAAGAUGCUCUACACUUGGCCUUAUCAAUAUAUAAGAAAGUAUGGUUACAGAGAUGGAAAAUUUACUUUUGAAGCAGGUAGAAGAUGUGGUUCUGGUGAAGGUGCAUUUUGUUUAGAACAUAAGAAUCAGUUAGAAAUAUACAGAUGUUUUACUUCGAAUAAGAAGAAAAUGAAACAAAUGUUAAAUGGAGAACAUAGUCCAACUAUAGAAAACAAUGAUGCUCAAUUUCAAGCUGCCUUGUCAAUGGAAGCAGGAUCUCGAUCACCUUUGCCACCUUCUAGUAUAAAUCUGUCAAAGAACCUUAUUGACUUGGAAAUUCCAUCAUUUUGUCAAAAUUCACAGAAACCAUUACUUUCACCAGUCUCUCCAACAGAACCAGUCAAACCACCAAAACCAUUACUUUCUCCAGUUUCACCAACAGAGCCCGUCAAACCUCCACUUCCAGCUAAACCAAAACCAUUGAAACCUCCACGUAAGCCUGUAUUUACGAGUAAAUUGGAUAAGAAAUCAUUUGAUUCUGAAAUUUCUGAUCCAUCAGCUUCUGGCAAAUACAGAAAGCUGAGCUCACCAACAUCACCUGAUCCACCAAAAAAGAAUAUAGUUGUUACAGAUGAUGAAAAACAUUCCUAUGAUUUAGUUGAAGUUAGAAGUGACGCAUGGAAAACUCAUGGAAUGGAAACUGUACCACAUACUGAGAGGAUGAAAGCAUCAAAACAAGUGAAAAGUGACAAAGAUGGAAAUGAAGAUUCUCAUUAUGAAACAAUGUCUUUUCCACUGUCUGCCACUAAUUCUGUCAAAAGUAACACUUCAUCAAUCAUACAUAAUAUACCCAGCCCAAACGAUCCUCCAGAUUAUGAUAGAUUACAACAUUUUGGAUCGAUACACAAAAACAAAAAUAAGUCAGGAUAUAGGACACCUAAUUGUUCAACCAUUUCUUCUCAAAGUUCACAGCUUAUGACUCAAUCAUCUAUAGAAGCUAAUCCAAAUUCAAAUAAUUAUGAUGUUGUUGAAGAUAUGAAUGCAGUUAGGUUAGCAGAUGAUAGUCAUCAUGGAUAUGGAAUAAUAAGAAAAAAAUCUAAUUCGUCUGCUAAUAUGAUGGAGCCAAAACAUAAGAUUGUUAAUGAUACUGAAUAUGCCAUUGUUUCUAAACCUAAACGAGUUUGAAAAUUUUUUAAACU